AUGCAUACAAGCGCUUGCAGGACAAAUGCACGUCUGCUUGCAAUCCGACAAUUUUUCCGUGUUCUCAUGAAUCCAGUUGAUCGCUUCCCACUCGAUCUGUACGCACCGAUGUUUUUAUGCGACGUAAUUUGCUUCUUAAUCGUCAUCUUCGGUUAUUCUGGAUUCGGAGCUGAUGGCAGUAGUGAAGGUGGAGUUGCGUCGUAUUUUGAGGAGAACAAAGUGCCUGGAACCCUCGUCUCGAUGCUCAUCUUCCAAUUUGUGCUCAUCAUACUCGAUCGUGCGAUUUUCCUGCGCAAAUUUCUCUUCGCUAAGAUUGUUUUCCAGGUGAAUCUCCUGUCGAGUAGUCUCGUUUUUAGACACUUGAAGGUUUUCUUCGAAAAGACAGCAAAAUCGUAUCUCCUCAAGAAAGCAAAAUCGCUCGGCAAAACAUAUGUUUUUCUGAAAGUAGAGAUUCUAGGCAAUCGAAUGCUGCAAAGAAAUUCAUAUAUUACCGGGCAAACCUGA